GUUUUGUUACCCGGAUACAAAACAGUGAAAGUCUCUGCACCCAUUCAAUAUUGCAUCCGCUCUAUAUGGCACCCAUUCAUCCCUGGUUAUUAUUACAGUCAUAAUGUCAGUUAUGCGGUUCCAGUGCAGCGUGUAUUUGAUCACUUAUAAGUGAAUGUAGAUCAUAGUAAUGGACAACAGGCAGCGGGAUCUUCCGUCUUGGAUGUUGGGCGGCAAAGACGGACAGCCCCAGCAAGAAAAUCCCAUCGAGACCAGUCAUGUCCCAAGGAAGAUUAAGAGAAAAAAGUUGGAAAGAAAGGCUGUGUACGGCAUGAAUGAGGCUGAGCUCGUGGACACAGCGCUCAGCUUCCUCGAAGAAGAAAAUCUCCAGGGUUUCAGGGCUCAGGAGCCUACAGGGCAGAAGGGAAGCGGAAGGACAGCUGGGAGUCGCAUGAAGAGGGAUAAGCAGGACCGUGCGGAUGCUUUGCCCAAGGAGGUGGCUGGUGACGCCAAAUCUGAAGAAGACGAAAGAACCUACGUCUCUGAGAGUGACCCAGAAGUGGUCGCCGAGGAGGAGACUGUCCCAUAUGGAGAGGCCGCGAAUUGGGGCCAAGCAGCAGGGCAAGGUGUCCAGCUGCAGGCCACGCAUGACACUGCAGAGGCGGACUCGGCUUCCAGGGAUGAGGAGGCCCUCCAGCUCGUGAGAGAAAUAUUCUUCACGUGACCUGGCAUGGGACUACAGUUCAGUGCAGCUUUUUUAAGUUAAGGGGAACCUUACAGCCAGGGAUUGAAUGUUUGGUGAAUUUGGGAAGCAUAGUGCAUCCUGGGAUAGUCUCCAGGCUCUCUGUGACCUUGUGUUGGACAAGAUGUUCACACAAGGUGGAUGGAUAUAUACUGUAUGCAGGUACAUGACAGAAUGGAUUCUAGAUGGACCUUCUUUCUGAGCUGAUGGAUGAGAACAGUACCAAACUCAUUCUGAUAGGCGGGUGGACUUGGUCCAUUAAAGAAAUGUAAUUAUUAAGAGAAACACUUUAAGGAUCCUUUCACGUGUUGGAAGUUAGGUGGGGUUGGGUGCAUUAUCGGAUUAUUGCUUUGUCUUAGGCCGUAGGCUAUAAGAUACUGAAGCAUUAUGGGACUGUUGUUCUGUCUUAGGCAAGAAGAUACUGGUGCAUUAUGGGCUUGUGUUUCUGUCUAAGACCAUAGGCCAAGGGAUACUGUUUGUUCUUAUGGACUUGUGGAAGGAAGCCUGCCAGAUGGAAUACUCUAAAACAUGCUGAAGUUAGAGCGCACUGUCAUAGCAAGAGUCUGGAGGCUGAUCAAUCCCUGAUUUGCUUUCUGUGUCAGUAUGACUUGUCCCUGCUGUGUUUACAAACAAAGUAUGGAUUAUUAUAAUCCCACACUUCUCCCUGAAAACAUUUCAGUUAGGUUUAAAUAAUUUUUUGAUAACGUGUUUACUAUUAGAUUAUCUAAUAAAAAAAUCUGUUUACAGACA